UCCCCUUUCUCCUCUGUUGGAGCCUCCACUGGUUGAGUGGUGAAGAAUGUGUAAAUAUUUGUUGGGUAAACACAUCGUCUACUUGGGACAAUAUUUUUCAGGCCCAUAUCCUACUGGACUGUGGCGAUGACAACAUCUGCAAGCCAGACCUCAAGCUGUCUGUGGUGAGUGACCAGAAGGAGAUCUACAUAGGAGAUGAUAACCCCUUGACCCUGGAGGUGACAGCGGAGAACCGAGGAGAAGGGGCGUACGAGGCAGAGCUACAUGUCUUCCUUCCUCCCCAGGCCGACUUCACCGGGGUCGUACGCAACAGUGAGACACUGUCUAGAUUGUCCUGUGCCACAGAUAGAGAACCAGACCAGGUGGUGCUGGCCGUCUGCGUUUCAGCGUUCACCAGCUGUCAGACAGGACACGUCUGUGAAGUUUCACCUCCAGAUACAGAUUCCAACCAGUUCAACAACACCAGCAGUCUGGUCCUCAGCAUCACAAAGCUGGCUGUCCUGGCCAAGGUGGACGUCAGAGGGUGUCACGCCCCAGACCAGGUCUUCCUGCCUGUUGCCAACUGGCAGCCUAAAGAGAACCCUCGUGAGGAGUGA